AUGGUGCGUGCUGAAAAGUAUCGGAAAUCUGUCGCCGCGAGUGUUGAGAUAGAGCAUGGCCCAUUAGGAUUGUCAAAUAUCAACGUUAAAGUGGGCAACUCGAGUGUUGUGGGAAUCGGAGCUUGUACUUCUCGAGUAAACGGCCAUUCCUGGGGAUUGUUGCAUUUCAAUGAAGAGUCAGACCUGAGUCCCGCAGAAUUCAAGCUUUACUGUAUUUUGCAGGAAAACUCACAAUUAAGGAUCGAUUUCGUGAGGAUCGAAUUGCAUUCGCUUGAUGAACAGGUCGUCCCAUGGGAAGGUGCAGAACCCGAAGAUCCAGAUUACGAGGUUCCAAAAUUAGUCUUUGAAGGUUCUCGUCCAGGAAGCGAAGAUUGUGAAAUUGCACCAUUUGUAGGAGCGCUAGUUUUCGAGUAA